GCCACGGCACUGUGUUUGUGUGUGUGGGAUGGAUUGUGACACGUAACUUGGUUCGUCUUGUUGAAGCCACCCGUCCCGGCAGGACACCUCCACCUGGGGCCGGGAGAGCACACGGAAGAUUUUUGAAGACAUUAUUUUAAACAUUUAGCAACAUGGAGGGGAGAGACGCGACUGCAGCUGCUCUCGUGGGCAAUGAGGGAGAACAGACAGCUACAAAGAAGGCUGCCCUUCCUAAGAAAAAAGAUCAACCUAAAAGUAAGAUGGAGCAACUCUUUGGCUUCAAGAAGGAAGACUUGACCUCCUGGCCCAGCCUGGUGACCCUCCUGAACCGACCCACGGACCCUGCAUCAUUGGGCAUCUUCCGUUGCAUGUUUGGCAUGCUGAUGGCCAUUGACAUCACACAGGAGCGUGGCCUCAGUCACGUGGACUACAAGUACCUGGAUGGUGCCCCCGUGUGCCGCUUCCCACUCUUCAACUUCCUGAAGCCGCUGCCCAUGGAUUGGAUGUACCUGGUCUAUCUGGUGAUGUUCAUUGGCGCAUUGGGCAUCAUGCUAGGCUGCUUCUACCGCCUCUCCUGCCUGAUGUUCACAUCCACAUACUGGUACAUCUUCUUCCUGGACAAAACGGCGUGGAAUAACCACUCAUACCUCUACGGCCUCAUCGGAUUUCAGCUGACGCUCAUGGACGCAAACAGAUACUGGUCGAUGGACGGCUUAAGAAGACCCGCCAUAAGAAACGCCCAUGUGCCGCUGUGGAACUAUACCUUGUUGAGGACGCAGAUAUUUAUUGUCUACUUCAUCGCUGGAGUCAAGAAGCUGGAUGCUGAUUGGGUGGGGGGGUACUCCAUGUCCUACUUGGCGAAUCAUUGGCUGUUUGAUCCUUUCAGGGUGAUUCUUCCCGUGGAGUUAGUGAGUCUGCUAGUGGUCCAUGGCGGUGGUCUCAUUCUGGACCUAAGUGCUGGCUUCCUACUCUUUUUUGACGCCACGCGACCUUAUGCGUUUGUCUUCGUCAGCUACUUCCACUGCAUGAACUCUCAGCUCUUCAGCAUUGGCAUGUUCCCCUACGCCAUGCUGGCCACCAGUCCACUCUUCUGCUACACCGACUGGCCCAGGUGGUUUUUCGGCUGCUUCCCGGCGUUCCUCAGGGGUAUCCUCCCGCUCACGACAGCUAACCCCCAGCCUAGCUCGUCCUGCGUUUACCAGGAGACCGGCGGUGGUCGUGCUGAACGCCAGCAGACUGCCACCAAAUCUUCAAAGCUCAAAUUCAAACACAAGCUGGCGGCCAUCUUUACUGUAGUCUACAUGCUUGAGCAGUUCUUCCUGCCAUACUCCCACUUCAUCACUCAGGGUUAUAACAAUUGGACCAACGGCUUGUACGGCUAUUCAUGGGACAUGAUGGUACACUCACGCAGCCACCAGCAUGUUAAGAUCACCUACAAGGACGGCCAAACUGGGGAGGUUGGAUAUCUCAAUCCAGGGGUGUUCACACAUAGUCGGCGCUGGAAGGACCAUGGUGACAUGCUGAAGCAGUACGCCACCUGCCUCAGUGAACUGCUGCCUCGCUACAACAUCUCUGAUCCUGAAAUCUAUUUUGACAUCUGGGUGUCCAUCAAUGAACGCUUCCAGCAAAGGAUCUUUGACCCCCGAGUUGACAUCGUGAAGGCUGACUGGUCUCCUUUCCGACCAAACCCGUGGCUGAUGCCUCUGCUGGUGGACCUCUCGCCCUGGAGGACCAAGUUCCAGGAGAUUGAGAGCACUUUGGACAAUCAGACUGAGAUUGUCUUUAUCGCAGACUUCCCAGGACUCCACUUGGAGAACUUUGUGAGUGAAGACCUGGGCAACACCAGCAUCCACUUGCUGCAGGGUAGCAUCAAUGUGGAGGUCGUGGAGGAGAAGAAAAACUACACCCUUCAAGCUGGGGAGAACAUAAAGGUUCCUGCUGGAGCUUACCACAGAGUGUACACGGUGUCUGAGGAGCCAUCUUGCUACAUGUACAUCUACGUUAACACCACAGAAGCGGCGCUGCAGCAGAACUUUACCAAGUUGUUGGACCUCCAGGAGCGCAUUCGCAACGGCACAGAAAAGGUCAACAAACGAAAAAACACACUGACCAAAGCAAGUCUAACCCCAACAGAAACAGAGCCUCUCCCACCGGAGCUGCAGCCUCUCCUGUCGGCAGACAACGAUGUUGGGUCGGAGGUCAACGCCACCGAUCCCAUUGUGAGGCUCUUCCUGAAGAGGCAGCGGCGUAUCAAGGAGGUGAAGAAGCGGCGGGAGGCCGGCAUGCUGGAGCGACUAGAGCGUUUUGCCGUGAAGAAGUACUACAGCAUACGACGAGGAUUCUUGAUGACUGCCAUCGCCAUGCGAAACCUGGCCGUGGGUUUGCCUCCACUGGAGCAACUGACGCAGGAAGUGGCGUUCGCCAACAUGAAAGAACCAGAGGCGGAGGCCAAACUGGACGCACGGCUUAAAGAAGAAGUCGGUCAUGGAGAACUCUAAAAAUAUGUUACUGCUGUUGGUACUACUGGACUGUUACUAUCACGGAGGGAAGGCCUAUAUGGAUAUUUUUUAUAAGCUGUUUGCCAUUUAAGAUCAUUUCCAAAAUAUGAAGACAGUAUUUUGUUGUGUGUGCUGCUAAGAUAAUGACAGCGAUAUCAGCAAGUUUUGCAUUGUUUACUUUAACUGAAAUGUACGACGGAGUAUUAGGGCCACACUGAAAAAAAAAUCUCAGAUUUCAAGAAUAAAGUUGUACAUUUACGAGAAUAAUGGGUUUGGGUUUUUUUUCCCCCCAAAAAAGGUACAGAUUUGAGUGAGUAAUACUGAUAUAUUGUUCAUUAUAGCAUUUCUCUUGUUUGCAAAUUAUUACAUUGAAUAGCAGUUUUAAAAAAUGCCCAAAAUUACUGUUUUUUUUCCUCCAAUAGUGGCCUUAAGUCACUUUUUUCUCUCAACUGCUGAGAGCACCGGGCAUUGAUAAGUACAAAAUGCAUUUUAACAAUAAAAUGUAAUAUGUUUUAAUUUUUUCACAAUUAAGUAAUAUUUGGGUAAUGUACCGUAAUACUGAAUGGAAUAUGUCAUUUAACAAAGUACAUAUUAAAAUUAUAAAAUGGCUCAAAAUGAAUGGGUCAAAAUGAAAAUGGGUCAAAAUGAAUUUUUAAUUUUGUAAUGAUAUAGAUGUAGUUACAUAUGAGCCUCUCUUGGCACAUGUUAGCGUCACCAGAGCAGACUUGGCUACUCGCUGUACUUUUUCCACUUGCUUGGCCUUCAUCUUUAUCUUAUUGCACCCUUUUGCUCACACUCAGUAUCGACCAGCUCCAACCAGCUAAGACCACUAGGUCACAUAUAGAGACCACUGGGGGGGUGGGUUAAGCUAGGUAAAAGGACACCUGACCAGAAGUGCCUCGGACUUGCUCCUCCACCUGUGUAUCAUUCUUCCUGGUACAUUAAACUGUUCAAAUUGCGCUAUAGUUUUCCCAGACUUAUUUGGAAGCAUUAAAGAUAACCUUACAGCGACAAAACUUUCAAGUGUAUAGUGAUAUUUGUAAAUGAAAUUAGGAAGAAAAAAUGUGAGGCCUUAAUUUAAUGAAGCAAAGCAUCUAUUAAGAGGGGAGACCACUAUUGGAGGAAAUACUCAGCUUUUUUCCUGCUAUCAGUGAGCUAUGCAAACCUUCAUACUGUGA